GACGAUGAUUCCGACUAUGAGCGCACCUUUACCUACCGGCCCCUGUCCAGGCUGCCCACACCGCCACCGACCCUGAGCAAGCCGUCGAGUGUGGACCAAUCGCUCGAGGACGACGACACGUUGAAUCCGCGAUACCGAGGUCCCGCCAUCCAUCUCGUCAAUCUGAUUCCCGCAUCGGCGUCGCUGGCGAGCGCAUCCGUGUCCUUUGUCCAGGCCAUGUUGUCGAGGGCCGACCUGUCCAUGGAGAUGCUGGCCCUGGCGGUUUGCAUUCUCGACAGCCUCGACACCAAGUUUGCGCGCACAUGGCGGCUGUCGUGCCCGCUGUCGUGCCCGCUGCACCCCGACGAUGUCGACUCGGCCGCGGCAUCGCCAUCCAUCAUCAAGCGACACUCCCUUCCAUCGACGCCGCGCGACGCUCCCCGCCGGCAGCUUCACAUCGAUUCCGUUCGUCCCGAAAUCAUCAUCCUGGCCGCCCUUGUCAUCGCGGCCAAGUUCACCCAGGAUCCGCAGCAGCCACCGCAGUUCUAUCGUCUGGCGUGGGGCCGCGGCCUGUGGUCCAACGACCAGCUCAACGUCACGGAGCGGUGCAUCAUGGAGAGCCUGGACUAUCGCAUCCUGCCCCUCUGCGACGACGACUGCCUUACCGACGCAAUGGUUGACAUGCAGCUGGCCGCGGAG